ACAUGAGCUGCAGAUCAUAACUGCUUCAUCAUUUAUGUGUGUCGGGAUACACAGACACAACAACAGCGUGUGGUAAUGCAACACUAAGAGUUUGAAAAGGCUCUACUAUUAUUUUUUAUUUUUAUUUUAAUUUUACAUGUUGUCGUCCAUUAACUCAGCCAUGUCUGGAGCUUUAGCCAGGCUGCUCUUCUACCCGACUUUAGCCUACAAUGUGGUCAUGGAGAAGGUGUCGUCCAGGCGGUGGUUUGACAGAGUGGACGGGACUGUGAUCCUGGGAGCCCUGCCCUUCAGAUCCAUGACAAAACAGCUGGUAGAAAAACAAAAUGUCCGAGGCGUUAUCACCAUGAACGAGAAAUAUGAGACCAAAUAUUUCUGCAACUCUGCUGAGGAGUGGCAACGUGUCGGCGUGGAGCAGCUGAGGCUGAGCACCGUCGACCUGACCGGCGUUCCCAGCCUGGAGAACCUGCACCGAGGCGUGGAGUUCGCCCUGCGGCACAGAGAGAGAGGGACCAGCGUGUACGUCCACUGUAAGGCCGGACGCUCCCGCAGCGCCACGCUGGCUGCUGCCUACCUCAUACGGGUGCACUGCUGGACUCCAGAGGAAGCCUGUCAGAAGCUGGCGUCUGUUCGACCACACAUCCUGGUGCGCUCCGCUCAGCUGGAGAUGCUGAGGAAGUACCACCAGCAGGUGUGCGGACAGUCCGGCUGAGACCACUUCCUGUUUCCUACAGCGGCUGCGGAAGACUGGACUCAGAGCCUCAUCUCAAGUCCACAGUGACAUGAAACAACUUCCUCCACAUCAUACUGAACACCAGUGGUCACCUGCAUGUUUUAGGUAGUAGCUCCACCUGAUUCUAAUAAUUAACUCGUUAUUAAGCUUUCUGAUGAGUUUCAGCUGCUUGAUAACGAGCUGAUCGUUACAAUCAGGUGUGUUAGAGUGGAGAGAUACCUGAAACAUGCAGGGUGUAGCAGCUCAAACAGGAGCAGGGUUGGAGAUCACUGAAGAGUAAAUGCUGAAACUGAUUAUUCUAAAAAAGUUUUAAAUCAUUCUUUAUAAUAGCAGAUUUUUAUUAGUUAAUUCACAAUAAAUCAGUAAGCUGAAAUGUUUAUUUUUAUAGACGUAUUAUCAUGAAGGUUGACCCUGAGACCCUCAUCACUUUUUCCUUCAACUCCUCCGUUUCCUGAUUAUGGCUAAAAAACAAAUUAAUUUUAUUUUUGGAAUUAUUGAAGCUCAGACAAAAAGUAACUUCCCUUUAAUAUUCCAACACUGCAAUAUUGUUUUUUUUGUGGUUUAUUCAUAAAAACACUCCCAAGUAUCUGACUUUGCUUUUGGGUUGCAACAAAGACAUCAUAGAGCAUCAUUCAGCAUUGAAGUGGUUGCUGUGUAAAAUGGAAAGCUUUUUAUUUCAGUUUCUUAUUUUAUUUUUCCUCACAGCUGAAAAUAUUAUAACAGUUAAUUGUUGAAUAAAAUAUUUGUCAGAUGAAUGUGGUCUGAUGGUGUUUGAAUAUGCUGUGAUGUUCCAGUCAAAUACAUGUAUGUAUAUAUAUAUGUGUACGUAAAAGUUAAAAAUGAUGUGAAGACAUUA